ACGUAUUAUGCCAUUAUUAAGUGACAUAACUUUCCCAGAGUGAAUGGCUGAUUUUCUGCAUAAAAUAAAUGACCAUUGUGCAUAAAUGACCACUAGCUUGUUCAGCAAAGAUAACAAUGGAUUAUCUAACCAUUAUAGGUGGAUUGCUGCUUGCCUGGACUUUGGUUCAGUGCAUUCGUUGGCAAGCAACAAGCAAAGGAUGUAACAAGAAACUUCCACCAGGACCAAAUCCCCUGCCCUUGAUUGGAAAUCUUCAUAACAUUCUUGGUGGUCAACCUCACCAGUGUCUUGCGAAGCUUGCUGAAAAGUAUGGCCCGAUAAUCAGUAUCAGGUUGGGCCAAGUAACAACAGUCAUUAUAUCUUCAUCAGCCGUUGCUAAAGAAGUUCUUCAAAAGCAAGAUUUGGCCUUUUCCAGUAGAACAAUCCCAGAUGCAAUCUAUGCCCAAAAUGUCUACAAAUUCUCUGUGGUAUGGCUACCAGUCGCUAAUCGAUGGAGAAGCCUGAGGAAAAUCUUGAAUUCGUAUAUCUUUUCCGGCAGCAGGCUUGAUGCUAAUCAACAUCUCAGGUCUGGAAAGAUCCAAGAUCUUAUUGCUUAUUGCCAUCGGUGUAGCCAAACCGGUGAGGCAGUGAAUAUAGGCCAAGCUGCUUUCGAGACCUCUAUGAAUUUACUCUCGAAUACCAUUUUUUCCAAGGAUGUCGUGGACCCUUAUGCAAAUUCAGGUAAAGAAUUCAAGGAUGUGGUGUGGAACAUCAUGGAAGAAGCCGGUAAGCCCAAUUUGGCUGAUUAUUUCCCCCUGUUGAAAACAAUUGAUCCUCAGGGAAUAAGGCGACGAAUAGGCAAGCACUUUGGUAAGUUGCUUCAGCAGAUUGAGGGACUGAUUGAUGAACGAUUGGACCACAGUAAGAGAUCAGCAACUAGCAGUAGCACUGACGUUCUUGACGUCCUGUUACAUACCAGCCAAGAAGACCCUAAGGCAAUCGACAGAAAUCACAUAGAACGUUUAUGUCUGGACCUUUUCAUUGCGGGAACUGAUACAACAUCAAAUACAUUAGAAUGGGCAAUGGUAGAGGUCAUGAGAAAACCAUACAUAAUGAGAAAAGCUAAAGCUGAACUUGCUGAAGUAAUUGGCCAAGGCAAAGCAAUAGAAGAAGCCGAUGUUGCCCGUCUCCCUUAUUUGCAGUGCAUAGUGAAAGAAACCUUGCGGAUGCACCCACCAGUACCAUUUUUAAUCCGCAAGGUAGAUCAAGAUGUUGAGGCGUGUGGCUAUUUUGUCCCGAAAGACUCUCAAGUGUUGGUGCAUGUAUGGUCAAUAGGCCGCGAUCCAGCUAUAUGGGAGGAUCCUCUUGCAUUUAAACCUGAGAGAUUUUGGGGUUCAAAAAUAGACAUUCGCGGCCAAGAUUUUGAAAUCAUUCCAUUUGGUGUUGGUCGAAGAAUUUGCCCGGGCCUACCUUUGGCAACCAGGACACUUACUAUGAUGUUGGGUUCGUUGUUGAAUUCAUUCGAUUGGAAACCUGAGGGCGAUACUAAAGCAGAAGAUUUGGAUGUGGAAGAGAAGUUCGGUAUUACGCUAGCGAGAUCACGUCCUUUACGAGCUAUCCCUAUUCCUCUAUAAACGCCGACUCCAAAUUGAGCAUGUAAUAAUGUGAUUAUUGACAAGUCGACAUGACACAUCUAACAUAAUAAUUAUAACCAUGGUAUCACAAGUCUAGAUAUCCAAACUUGUUGCUGAUGACUAUCAUCAGCGAAUAAUUUCAAAUUUAUUGUUUUCUCAAUAUUUCGUGGGAGAUAGGGGUACGGUAAAGCUCACCUGUCGAGCUUACCCACCGUCUGCUUGGACAAUUCUCAUCUAAACUAUGUUAAUUUUUUUCCUUA